AAUGGUUUUUGUGAUGAUUGGGAAUUUCAGAUAGGAGGCAAACGAGUUGGGAUUGUUGGAUUGGGAAACAUUGGCUUAGAAGUUGCUAAGAGACUCGAGGCCUUUGGUUGCAAUAUCUUGUAUAACUCAAGGAAGAAAAAACCAUUUGUUUCGUACCCUUUCUUUCCUGAUGUAUGUGAACUUUCAGCUGAUAGCGAUGUGCUUGUCAUUUGUUGUGGUUUGAAUGCUCAAACCCACCACAUGAUUAACAAGAAAGUCUUGUUGGCAUUGGGAAGAGAGGGGGUGAUUGUGAAUGUAGGACGUGGGGCUAUAAUCGACGAGAAGGAAAUGGUGCAGUGUUUGGUGCGAGGCGAGAUUGGAGGUGCUGUUUUGGAUGUGUUUGAGAAUGAGCCUCAUGUUCCUAAAGAGCUCUUUGCAUUGGAUAAUGUCGUACUGUCACCACAUCAUGCUGGCCUUACACCAGAAUGUUUCACGGCUUUGCGCGAACUAGUAGUAGGGAAUUUGGAAGCAUUCUUCUCAAACAAACCAUUGCUUUCUCAAGUGGAGAAUAAUUGAAUAGAUUUCUAUUUUCAGAUUAGCAUCUCCAUAUCUUGCAUGUCAUCUUUAUGGUUUAUUUCCCAUGGGGAUGAUUCAUACAGAAACUACUUGCAUAACUUUUAACUUUUCUUCUGCUAAGUUUCCUGCACUUUUCUGAAUCAAUGCAAUGUAGGGUACAAAAAAUUGAUGAAAAUAAUGAGGGGAUGAAAGAAAACAAGGAUGAAGAACUGAUUCGUAUCGGAUAUGGGCUUCCCCUGAAUCAUGCGUAUCGGUGCUGCAUAUAUAUUAUUAUGAUUCAGUGUUCAUGACCUAGCACUGAAAGGGUGCUUGCUCUUAUAAAUUUGCUUUUAUCUAGCCGCCUCCUGUGUUUUGUUACUAAUUGAAAUGAUUCUGAGCAUUCCAUUGUCGGUCUUAACCCCAUUGACUCCGUUGACAUGCCGGAAUUGUGGAGCUGCUAUAGCUAAUGCAAGAAAUGUGUUCUGUGAGGAUGUGGCAUAUGUGCCAGUAGGGAUUUGAUUAUUCAUGUGCUAAGAAAGAUUUCGGCUUCUUGGUGGAUAUGUGAUACAGAGGAUUUGAGCUACUCCAUUGUUCCGAGGCCACCAUCUAUUUGUUUUCUUUUGAUUAUGUGUUUUUAAGGGGAAAUUGGUGUAAUGAGUUAGCGUUUCUAGUAUUAUUGUAAAUUUUAGAACUUUUUUUUUUUUUUGGGUUGUUGUAAUAGUGGAGUCCCCAAAAUGCCCCCCCUUGAGUGCCUAUAAAUACUCCCCCUCCCUGUGAAUGAAAUACAAAUAAAUCUGAAUGAGAGUUUCUUCUCUCUAUCUCAAUUCUCUCAAUUUCCUCUCAAUUUUCUCUCUAGUUUAUAACACGUUAUCAGCACGAUUUCGUUCAAAUAAAACCAGCUGAAUUUUAUGUUCAAAUGAGCUCUCUCUCUCUUCCUCUGAGCAAUUUUUCAAGCUAUUGAAAAUGAGCUCUCAGAUUUGCAGAUUCAGAGCCCAACCCAAAGCCACAAAAGCAGAACCACAACCCGAAUAAUCUCUCACUUUCGGACCAAGCAAACCCGAAAUUUCGUUCGUUCUGAACUGUUUUGGGAGAGUAUUGGAUGCAGUGAGGGCUGACAAUUUUGCCCCUGGACUUCAAGGGUGUGUGGGCAGCCAUGGAAGAAUCUCAGAAAUUUGGCCGUAAUCACAAACCCACCACAACAACAGCAACAGAAAAAUUGAGCAAAAGCUCUAGUACCAGUAACUCCUGCAUUUCUUCUUCAUCAUCUGGGAUUUUUUUUUUCUUUGAUUCGGACCAAGAUGGUGGCAAUGGUGGCCACAACUCGGACGACUCGGAGCAUGACUCGGCCGAGGUUAAGCGACUCAGAGAAGACCUACUGGGUUUCCUCGACGAAUCGGAACUCGAAGCGGCCACUCAGGACCUCGACUCGGUCAUGAAAAGCUUCGAGGAAGAGAUUGCAUCCACCACUUCUUGUCCGACGUCGCCUCGUCCGUCGCCUCCCAAGCCGUCGGCUCCGGUACCGGUGGUCGAUCUGACGUCAGAUUCGGCGAGUCCAAUCCGGACCUUGGUUACCUUCUAGGAGCCUCAGAUGAUGAGCUGGGUCUCCCUCCGUCGGAGAACUUUAGCGAAGUGCUGGCAGAAGGCAGAGAGACCGAGUUGGUCCGAGUUUCGUCUGACUCGUCCGGAAUCGACGUAGAGGAGGUCCCAUGGUCUGAGAGCGAGAGUAAGAUGAUAUCCCAUGGCUAAGCUACAUGGUUGGACUCUGGAAAUGGUAAUCAGCGAUGCAGGCUUGGUAGCAAUUACAGGGAACUGCCCAUUGCUUAGUGACCUUGACGUCUCAAGGUGUGCAAUCACCGAUUUUGGAAUUGCAUCCCUGGCCUGUGCAGACCAGCUAAAUCUGCAGAUCCUCGCCAAAAGCCUAGUCUAGUACUAGUAUUGUGCGUAAUGAUGCGGUCUAGAUUCUGAAGUUGAGCAAGAUUGAUUUACAGAUGGGGUUGUAGGUCCAGGCGGUAAUGGUGGACCUGCGAUUAUUUUGGGCAAUUAUCAGCAGCAAUGAUGAAAGCAAACCCACCGAUAAAGAAAAGCAAACCCACCGAGAAAGAAAAAAAAUUAAAUAUUAAAAAAAAAAAAAAAAAGGGAUCACUCAGCAAGGGCAUAAGCGAUAAGUUUUCUGCUCCCUUAUCUUCUCUAUUAUUUCCUAUUA